UUUCUGACGUAACGUACAACGGUUCAGUUCUGGUUUACAACCUCCAUGUAAGUGAAGCGAAAAUGUUCAAUAAAAAGCCUCGGAGGAACUUUCGGCAGAGAAAGGAGAACUCCAGUGACGAGGAGGACGAGCAGAAGGACAGAGGAGACGGAGAAGGAAAUGAGAAAGCUCCAACUGCGGUAAAUAAGCCGUCCAAACCGGCCCAGGGCCGCGGCAUUACAUGCAGUUCCAAGCGGGAAGCGACGCCGACCAAGCCGGACAGCAGUGACGGAGAAGACGGGGAGACGGUGGAAGCGACAGAAGAAAGAGAGGAGAGGAAGAAAGAUAAAGAUGGGGCUAAGAAGACUGCCAACUCCAUCCUUAGUUUCUCUGACGACAAAGAAGCUGAGGGACCAACAUUUAAACUGAAGAAGUCCUCUGAUAAAGCUGUGCUGUUCCAAGUAAGAAAGAAGGAGGCUUCACCAGCCAAGACCACCCAAAGCCGAGGCCCAGCAGGUGGAGGUGUCUCACCAUCUGCUUCUCCCAGGCAAGAAUAUGGUAGUCAGGCAUCACCACGUCCUCUGCACCAUAAUGAUGACAGUGAUGGUGAUGACGACGAUGAUGAUGAUGACAACAAUGAUUAUAGUGACAGUGAUGAAGGCGAUGCCAGGUCUCCAUCAAGUAGCUCAGCCUCAAACUCCAGCCGCUCUGCCAUUAAACCAGUCGUUAUCCCUAAUGCUAGAGAGAUCGAGGCAGCCAGGAGGCAGCGUCAUGCCGCUCGAGCCCAGAAAGAAUAUAUUUCCCUGGAUAGAGAUGGCCACAGCUCUGCUGGUAGCACUCCAGAUCACUACAGCAGAGAGGAUGAAGAAGAUAGGGUUGAUGAUGAUGACGACGAGCCAGAUGAUCAUGAGAGAAGAAUUGAGUUUGCCCCACGAUUAAAGAGCAUCAAGGAGAGGAUUGCUGAGAAACUUGGAAGUGAUGGCAGCCUCUCAGGAACUGAUGGAGAAGAGCAGGAGCUUUGGGAGGAGACACAAAUUGAGAAGGGAGUCAAGAGACGGCCAGGAGAACAGAGUCCAUCUGGCAGUGAGUCCAGCAGCAACAGUAGCAGCAGGCGCAACAGACGACCACAUAAGAAAAGAUCAACAGGGGUCAGAAUCCCAAAGACUCUCCCUCCCAUCACUGUCUCAAUGGUCAAGAAGAGGAUCACUGGAAAACUAGACUCCCUGAAGGAGGUGCACAGAGCACGGCAGGCAGAGCUGAGGAGGAUGGAGGGCGAUGUUGAGAGUGCUAAAACCUCCAUGGAGUCUCUGGAGGAAAGUUUUUCAGAGAGGCAGCUGAGGUUCUACAGGGCCACGACUCUCUAUGUCCACAACCUGGUGGAGUGUCUGCAGGAGAAGGUCAUUGAGAUCAACUCACUGGAACUGGAGCUGCACUCUGCACUGUCUGACCAGAUGGAUGCGCUGUUGGAUAAGAGACGACAGGGAAUAAAGGAGCAGGCUGACCGCCUGCAGCAGCUCAGCUAUAGCACAGAUGAGCAGAGUGGAAGCUCCACCAAUGGAACAGAAACACUAAGCAAAGCAGAUUCUGGUUUUAAAGCUGAAGAAGAUUUUGCAUUACCUGAAGACACACAUCCCUCAGCAGAAGAGGAGGAGCAGCUCCAGAAGAAGAUAGCUGACAUCCUAUCGAGGUCCCAGGCAGUGUUUUCUGAUGUCCAGGACGACUUCCGCGACGCUAAGAAGAUUCUGUCCCGCUUUGAAGAAUGGAGAGUGUCUUACUCUGACUCUUACCACAAUGCCUACAUCUCUCUGUGUCUGCCCAAACUGUUGAACCCCAUCAUAAGACAUCAGCUACUGGUGUGGAACCCACUAAAGGACAGCAGUGGGGACUUUGAAAACCUCCCAUGGUUCACAGCGGUGGAGACUUUCUGUCAUGGUCACGGCCAUGAAGAGCUGGAGAACACAGACAGACAGACACUGUCUAAUGUCAUAGAGAGGACCGUCCUACCCAAAAUAACAGCCUACGUGGAGCUGGUGUGGGAUCCCAUGUCCCAUCAUCAGUCAGUCUGUCUGUCUGAUGUGUGUCACAGACUGAAGGAGGACUAUUCCAUCUUUGAAGGAGAUCAGAGUAAACCGGUCAAGGCAUUCAAAGAGGCUGUGAUCAGCCGACUGAGGAGCUGCGUAGAUGAAGAUGUCUUCAUCCCUCUGUACCCCAAAAAGUUCCUUGAGGAUCAGUCGUCUCCCCAGUGUCGCUUCAGGGAUCACCAGUUCUGGACGGCCGUAAAACUACUAGGUAACAUGGGAAAAUUGGAUUCGCUGCUUCCUGAGUCUGUGUUAAAGGAGCUGAUGUUGGACAAGCUGCUGAACAGAUACCUGAUGAUCACCUUAUGCAGUCAGACACUGCACAACAACGCUGUCCAUGCCUGCAGAAAGAUAGCAGAUAGUCUGCCACUCUCUUGGUUCAAAGAAGAGGAUGCCUGUUUGCCUCAGCUCCAGAAUUUCAAAAACCACCUAGUUCAGAAAGCUCAUACCAUCUGCAAACAGCACCCUCCUGAGGAUCCAAACACCAGGUCUUCUGUGGUUGAAGUGCUGCAGAUUUUGAGCAGAAUCAGGUGUAACGACUCCAUCAUGGCGAUAGCAGAGAAAUACCACUAUGAAGAUUUGAUCUACUCACACCAGCUGCUGAACCAAGAGACUGUCUGAACAACAGAUGCUGCAGAGUGGAAGGUGGAUCAAACAGCAACACAGUACACUGUAAUACUGAAAGCAGCUGUCAAAGACAUUACACAGCGAGAGAGGAGCCGAGUGGGCUCUGCCUUGUGUAAAAGGUUGCUGAACUAGAGCACAUAUGGGAAGAGCCAUAAGAGCAAUUAUGUCUUCUAAUAGUGGAUACUCGUCAGACCAGCACUUUGGCCAAAAUACAGAAUGAAAACCAUGGACACAUGUAAUGGUGUAUGUGGAGGUGACGCCAGCUGUUUGAACCUACAAAUGGUUCAAAUGACUUUUUUAACAAAGGAAACUGCCAAGAAAAACUGUGUGGGGAAAGGAAUUCACCAUCCUGCCAUUUUUAGUCAUGAACAGUUUACUACUACGAUCUGUUUUGUACUGGAGAUAAUUGUAUAUUUAUGAAUAAACAUCUGAAUUUUGUUAAAAUACAGGGUGGUUGUGGGUACUUACAAAGUCUUGCUAGUCUUAAAUUCAGAUUAAAUGGAUCCUAAUUGUUUUUUAGUUCAUCACUGCAAGAAUUUACGGUAACCAAGGCAGUAACAGGAGGGAAACACUAAUUGGCAGGGGAGUGGACUUCAGCACAUCACCUGUAUGUGCACAGUGCCUCAAUUUUCACCCCCUCCAUGCAUUAAGAUCACACAGUGAAUCUGCAUCAUUAAACUAAGGUCUUACGAGCCAUUUUGUUAGUUUAUGGAAGUAGGGAAAUGCAGGUUUAACAACAAAUUGCUUGAGAAUAUUGGUGGAAGAAGUUCUCAGAUCUUUUCCUUAGGUAAAAAUACUAAUAUAACAUUGUAAAAAAUAUAAAAGUAAAUGUCCUGCAUUCAGAAAUUUAAUUCAGUAAAUGUACAAAAGUAUUCGCAUCAAAAUGUACUUAAAAUAUCAAUAGUAAAAGUACUCCUUAAUGCAGAAUGGCCCAUUUCAGAAUAAUAUAUAUUAUUAUUAUCAUUGAUGCAUCAGUGAGUUCAUCACUUAAAUGUUGCAGCUGGUAAAGAUGGAGCUCAUUUAAAUUACUUCACACACUGCUAUAUAGUCUCAUCUAUAAUGAUCACACUUUAUCAAAUUUAUAUUUUGUAUUCUGAAUCUACAAAGUAACUAAGUUGACAGAUAAAUGUGGUGAAAUAAAAAGUACAAUAUUUGCUCCCAAAAUGUGAAGUUUCAGCACAAAGUAGCAUAAAAUGGAAACACUCAAAAUUCAACUUAACCACAGGACAAGAGUACAGGUGCAUCACAAAAAAUUGAAUAUUGUGAAAAAGCUCAAUAUUUCUUGUCAGUUAGUGCAGAAAUUGAAAAUUGUUGUAUAUAUUCUGGACUCUCAGACCCGACAAUACAGAUGAGCUGACGGCUGCUUUCAAAGAAACCUGGGCCUCCAUAACAUCUCAGUAGUGCCACAGGCUGAUUGCCUCCAUGCCACGCUGCAUUGAUAUAGUACUUUGUGCAAAAGGAGCCGCGACCAAGUAUUGGGUGCAUAAAUGACCAUAAGGUUGACAUUUCUGUAUCAUAAAUUCUUUUUUUGAUUGGUCUUAGUAAUAUUCUAAUAUUUUGAGAUACUGGGUUUUUAAUUUUUCAUGAGCUGUAAGCUGUAAUCAGCUAAAUUAAAACAAAAAAGGCGGGGCGUCGGUGGCUGCGAGGCCGUUUACAUGUACACGGUGAUUUUGAUAAACGGAGACAUCUUCCUUCGUUUGUGCCCUUCGUUUACACGCAAACGGAGAUUUCUCCUCUGAAAACGAGUCUUUCUAAAAACUCCGGCCAGAGUGGAGAUUUUGGAAAACUCCGGUUGCGCGUUUGCAUGUAAACUGAGAUAAACGGAGAUAAACGGAGUUAUAGGCAGCCGACGUCACAGUAUGCGCCGGAACUUGCGCCUGUGUCAAAAGUGCGACCUAUGUUGCUAUGGUGACAAUGGAUACAUGGAAGGCUUGAGCUUCUCGUUACACUGCCACCUACAGGUUUGGCAUGCUCUUGUGUAUAUAUACACGGGUAAGUGUAAACGAAGAUCUCUUUGAAAACGGAGACGGUGAAAUGUCCGUUUAUGAAAAUAGCCGGCAACGUGUAAACGGCGUCUCUGUGGUAGAGCAGGCGCCCCAUGUACAAGGCUGUUGCCGCAGCGACCUGGGUUCGAAUCCAGCCUGUGGCCCUCUGCUGCAUGUCACUCCCUCUCUCUCUCCCCCCUUCACACUUGUCUGUCCUGUCAAAUAAGGCUAAAAAUGCCCAAAAAUAUCUUUAAAACAAAAAAGGCUUGAAAUAUUUCACUUAUGUUUAAUGAAUCUAGAAUAUAUGAAAGUUUUCUUUUUAGUAAGGGGGAAAAAAAUAACUUUUCCAUGAUAUUCUAAUGUUUUGAGAUGCACCUGUGUAUGUACUUACUUAUCAUCAAUGUCUUUCAUCUUAUUCAUGAAUUGACAUCAAUGUGUUUGCUUGGAAAGAAAGUAUA